CAGAGAGCGACCAGGAAGCAUCAGGGACCAUGACAGCAGAAGCUGUGUGAAUUUGAAAGCUACAUGUGAACUGAUGAGGCAGUGCCGGCACAUCGUCUUCUAGAAGAUGCUACCGUUUUUCAUUGUUGGCUUGAUAAUCCACCUUAUCUUCUUUGCAUCUAUUUUUGACAUCUACUUUACAUCUCCACUGGUCCAUGGCAUGACACCCCAGCAUACACGGCUUCCACCUCCUGCCAAACGACUGGUUCUGUUUGUGGCUGAUGGACUGAGAGCUGACACCUUCUUUGAGUUGGAUGAACAUGGUCUUCCCAGAGCCCCAUAUCUUAGAAAUAUAAUACAAGCUAAGGGUAGUUGGGGAGUCUCCCACACUCGGGUUCCUACAGAGUCCAGACCCGGACAUGUUGCACUCAUUGCUGGAUUCUAUGAAGAUGUCAGCGCAAUUGCGAAAGGCUGGAAAGAAAAUCCAGUGGAGUUCGAUUCUGUCUUCAAUGAAAGCACCUACACGUGGAGCUGGGGUAGCCCAGAUAUCUUGCCCAUGUUUGCUAAAGGUGCUAGUGGCGACCAUGUAUUUACACACUGUUACCUGGCGGAAAGUGAAGACUUUGCAUCUGAAGAUGCAGCCAAACUGGAUGCUUGGGUUUUUGACCAUGUGAAGUCCUUUUUCAGGUCUGCACAAAGCAACCAAACACUGUCACAUAAGCUCAAAGAUGAUAAAGUAGUUUUUUUCCUUCAUCUCCUUGGACUGGAUACUAACGGACAUGCUCACAGACCGGGCUCACGCGAGUACAAAGACAAUGUGAAGAAAGUUGAUGAAGGAGUCAAAGAGAUGGUAACCCUGAUUGAAGACUUUUAUGGAAAUGAUGAUAAAACAGCUUUCAUCUUCACCUCUGACCACGGCAUGACAGACUGGGGGUCCCAUGGUGCUGGUCAUCCUUCUGAAACCUUGACACCGUUAGUUGCUUGGGGAGCUGGAGUACAUCAUCCGAGAGAAAGUCUUCUCCUUGACACUCUUUCUACUAAUGAGGAAAAAUGGAAUUUGGGGAGCUUAAAGAGACUUGAUGUCAACCAGGCGGAUGUAGCCCCACUGAUGUCAGCUCUUAUCGGAAUCCCGUACCCCUUGAAUUCUGUGGGAAUUUUGCCUGUGGAGUAUAUUAACAGCAGUAAUCUCUUUAAAGCGGAGAGUAUGCUUACUAAUGCUUUCCAGAUUCUGGAGCAGUUCAAGGUCAAAAUGGCACAAAAAAAACUAACAACAUUAUCUUUCCUGUUUUCUCCUUUUAGCUCUCUUUCAGAGUCUAAGCAGCUUGACAUUGUGAGGAGAGUAAGAUCUUACAUCCAUGGAGGAAAUUACAAAGAAGCAAUGGAUCUUUGCAGGACCUUGAUUGAUUUGGCCUUAGAAGGGCUCACCUACUACCAUACUUAUGACCGAUUCUUCCUAGGCACAAGUGUUGUCAUGGGUUUUGCUGGCUGGAUUUUGUAUGUCAUUUUAAUAAUCAUGAAGACUAACACCAGUAUAAUCCAGACUUCUUCCCGUUAUAGUGGGACACCUUCGCAGCUUGUGAGCUAUGGAUUUGGUGCUCUGGGGUUGUCCAUGGUACUUUUCCUGAUUAUUCAGUCAAGUCCAUGGACAUAUUAUGUCUAUUGUCUAUUACCUAUCCAUAUCUGGUAUGCUGCUUCAAAGGAGUUGUGGAUUCUCCAUCAAGUCGGAAUUUAUCUAAUAACUGUGUCACCAUUUGGAAUCCUGGGAUUCCUAAUCAUUGUUAUCAUGGGUGUUGAAAUACUGGUUGCGAGCUUCUUCUAUCGCUGGGUGCUUACAGUUGGUUUGGUAGUGUUUGCUUUCUGGCCAGUGCUGAUGAAGUUGUGGAUUGAAGCAAAGAUAACAACCGUGAGUUGGGUUCUCUUGUGCUUGCUGCUGGCUGUGUUUCCCUUGAUGCCUCUUGUUGGAAGGGAGCCCAACAUCACUCUGGUCGCCUGCGCUGGACUGCUAGCACUCCUCAUUUCCCUGGCUUCUCUUGUGUGGCUUUGGAAGAAGAGAGACAGCUGUGUUAAAAGAAGAGAUUUCAAAGUGCACGUGUGUCAGAUGAUAAGCCUUGCAGUUUCCAUAUAUGUGGUCAGCACAACCCACUGGAGCCUAGCCGCCAAACAAGGACUACCAUUGCUGAACCAAAUUAUUAGCUGGGCAAUUUUAGCUCUUUCCUUAGUUGUGCCAUUACUUAGUGCCACGUUCCUGUUCCAGCGGCUCCUGAGCCUUUUCCUCUCUUUCAUGUCCUCCUACCUGCUGCUUAGUACAGGGUAUGAAGCCUUUUUCCCUGUGGCGCUGUCAUGUUUAAUGUUUGUGUGGAUAUUUAUAGAGCAGGAAACUCUAGUAAAUCAAGGGCUUUCAUUCAAGCAAAAGCUUAACUUUAUUGACUUCUCCUGCAGUGCUGAUAUAACUCAGUUUCGACAACUGAAUUUGGAUGACAUCCGAAGAGCUUUCUUUUUGGUGUUCUUUAUAGUCACAGCUUUUUUUGGGACUGGAAAUAUAGCGUCAAUUAACAGUUUUGACCCAGCAUCUGUAUACUGCUUCCUUACUGUGUUUAACCCAUUUGGCAUGGGCGCCUUGAUGAUGUGGAAGAUUCUCAUCCCUUUCAUUUUGGUGAUGUGCGCUUUUGAAACGGUUCAGAUCUCAGCACAGAUUUCCUCUAAAUGCUUGUUUCUCAUCGUUCUUGUAAUAUCGGACAUUAUGUCUCUGCACUUUUUUUUCCUGGUUAAAGAUUAUGGAAGCUGGUUAGACAUUGGAACAAGUAUCAGCCAUUAUGUCAUUGUGAUGUCCAUGACCAUAUUCCUAAUGCUUCUGAGUGGUUUGGCCCAUUGGCUUACAACAAAGAAGAUCAACUUUAGAAGAAAAAUAAAGCCCCACGAUACCUGACACAGACAAAGCGCUCCUACAUUGACUAGAACUAAGCUGAGAAUGAAGCAAUUGCACUGAUCAUAUGUUGAGCAUUUAGAGCUUAAAGAUUUUACUUGAUCUAACGACAACCUGAAAGAUUCCAGUUCUGUUCCAAGUCUCCUUUGAAAAUUAACAAAAAGGUGUGCAUAGAGGAGGGAAAGCUGUGGCAAAAAACCGAGGGUCUAGUUUAUGCUAUUACAUUCCUGCUUUCCCCUGCAGAUGCUUUUUGCACCUUCUUUCACCUGGUAGAGAGAAGGGUACGGUUACCCUAGUUUGUUAAUGUUGCAGUGCCUAUGGAGAAUGAAACCCAAAAAGCUAAAGAAUAAGGCCAUGGCCCGACGAAUGGAGUCACCCACAAUGGUUUAUAUGCAACUUCAGUAUUUCUUUUCGGGAGUGGACUUAAAAGAAAUUGGUGAAUUUGGGGUUACUUUUUGUCCCUGCAGAGCCCUAGUCUAAUGAUCAAGCAUUUUUUCCACUAGUCCCAUAGUUAAAAUGUCUACCUCUAUGUUAUGCAGACUCUUUCCAUCUGAUGUGUAGCAUGGUAUUCCACUGCACUUUGUAUUUUAUUAGAAAAGGUCCUCAAAGGGGUUGUUCCAAGUUUUAAAGUUAUCCCAAUCCACAUGUUGGGAGUCCACUGGGCCACCACCGAUCUUGAGAACAGGGGUACCCUUCUCCAGCCUGAUGGAUCAGAAGGUAGAACAAGUACCCUACCACUCAAUUCAUUCUAUAUGGGAUGUCAGGGAAAAUUAACUAUUCCAGCAAUCCCAUAGAGGAUGAAUGAAGUGGUAGGGUGCAUGUCCAACUUGCCUCUCCAUCAGUACGGGGGAACAAGACACCCAUUCUCUGUAUUGAUGAGGCUUCUGGCGGUUAGACCCUCACUGAUGAGCUGGGAUAAAACUUGGCACAACCUCUUUAUAUGUAUUCAGUACAUUGCUUGUUUUUAGAUUAAAUACGGCUCUAAAGGACUUAUUUAUAUUUUGGCAGUUUGUAAAUCAAUUUUGGAGCUGGUACACUAUGACUGUGGCAUUUGUAAGGUUGUUCAUUGCAUACUAUGCUACCUGUAUGGUUAUUUUUGAAAAGUCAAGGGCCCACAUUUACUAAUGCUGUCUGAUAAAUAGACAGUGUAAACUCAGACCAAACAGUCACAAUUAUUUCCAAAUAUACCACAGUAUCUCACGCUUUUUGACCGAUUUUAGCUGAUAUGAGGUUAGUCUCAUUUUUCAUUUUCAUUACUCUAGACCACUAAUUUACAAAAACUAGUGCACUCCAAUAAUAAAUUCGGCACAAUGACAAAACCAAGACCCCUUUUCUAGAUAUUUCUGAAAUGUAUCUAGCAAGGCAUAACCAUGUUUUCUUUUUGGAGAAAAUCAAUAAAUUUGUCACCACUGAAUUGUGCCAAAAGGAGGGUACUACUUAAGCCAGAAUACUAGGGCAAAGACCUUAGUAAAUGUGGGCCUGUGUGAUCAGUAUGGAGGAAAUCAAAAGAGGUCAGUAUUAUUAUCAAUGAAAUGUACUGUAUAUUUAUCUGUUAUCAAGGGUGUUAAUAAAGGGGUAAGUGGUAUUUUCAGGAGUACUGUAUGAACUUUUAUAUCUUGACAAUUAAACAAAAGCAUUUUUUUUUAU